AUGGCACACAACAUGACCGACGCUGAGCUCGACAACGACUGGCAGCCCAACGGCCGCCGCCCCCAAUCCACCAUCGCUCGCUCCUUCUCCCAAGAGCUUGCCGACAUUUUCCGCCUUGACGACCCCGUCACCGAUCUCGACGAAAAGAUUGACCAACGAAAGCAAAUUGUCCAGAGCCAGACAAGCGAGCUCGAAGCUCUAGAGCGUCGCAUUCGCGAAAUGGAGGAGCGGUUGAAGAGCAACGGUGGCAACUUGCAAACGUCUUCCAACCAGCCGGCCGCUGCUGAAGCUGCCACGCCCGCACUGUCAAAGGAAGCCCAGGAGAAGGCUAGGUCACGACCAGGUACGGCGCGCCAAAACCAGCCUCAUGCCCCGUCUUCGGCCAACAUGCCGCCCACGCCUACUGCCAGUGAAGGUGAAUACGAAUUCGUCGGCAAGGAUGACCUUGACGACCACCCACCCCGACACUGA